AUGUCUGCCAGACGAUUGCAAGAACAAGAAGGAUCAAUUAAAUGGAAGAGAGAAGUCAAUGAAACGAGCACAGGAGGGAGAGGGGAGGGGAGAAGAUCGAAGCGGGAAGAAUGCGGUAAAACGAAAUUUCUAUCGAAACGGCCUUGGCAUUCCAGUGAAAUCGGCAAAAAUUCAACAACAACAACAACUGGCGGAUGUUAG